UGCACCAAACCCUACCCAGCCGCGCCGUCAUGAUUAGAAAGCACUCCACACCUUGGAGAACCGAGGAGACAUGAGCAUAAUUUUAAAUGCAAAUUAAAUUGAGGGGGUAGCGGAGAGAACACAUAAAAGACAGUAAAACAAAACCUUUCAAUUUUCUUAAAUUAGCACUUUAAUGUGUUCUAAAGAGCAGCUCCACUCAGAUCUCUCUUCUUAGGGGUUGCGUUUCAUCACAAUAUAAAAUGGGCAAAUCCAUCACUUUCCUCUGCUCAGUGCUCUUGAAUUGAGAUUGAAGAGAAAAUUAGAGGCUGUUCAUUUGGGCUCGUGGGCUCAGCAUCGCGCACAGCUUCGUUUUAUGCUCUACAGUGUCCUGUUCAAAGGGGCCAACAAGUGCUGUGGAGGAUACAAAGAGACUGAGGCUGGCGUCACCUUCCGUUGCUAAGGCUUACAAGUGACUGCUUGGUCUUAAAACUCUGUUUUUGGCACAUCGAGAAUGGACUAUCCCAAAAUGGAUUAUUUUCUGGACGUCGAGUCUGCUCAUAGACUCUUGGAUGUUGAAUCGGCUCAAAGAUUCUUCUACAGUCAAGGAGCACAAGCUCGCCGGGCGACCCUGCUUCUGCCUCCCACAUUAAUGGCGGCAUCUUCGGAGGAUGAUAUAGACCGGCGGCCCAUCAGAAGAGUCCGCUCCAAGAGCGACACGCCAUACCUCGCAGAGGCCAGGAUCUCCUUUAAUCUAGGGGCAGCUGAGGAAGUGGAGAGGCUGGCGGCGAUGCGUUCGGACUCCCUCGUCCCAGGUACCCAUACCCCACCCAUCCGGAGGAGAAGUAAGUUUGCCAACCUGGGAAGGAUUUUCAAGCCUUGGAAAUGGAGGAAGAAGAAAAGUGAAAAGUUCAAACACACAUCUGCAGCCCUGGAAAGGAAAAUAUCAAUGAGGCAAAGCAGAGAGGAGCUAAUAAAGCGAGGGGUCUUGAAGGAAAUUUAUGAUAAAGAAUUUUUGGAGUCGGUGCUCUGCUGUGUUGCUCAUCCAUGCCCCUGUCCUGCGUGCUCCUGUCAGCCCCGCCUGCACUGCAUUUGUGUAAUGUCUCCUGUGUGUCAUGUGGUUGUCCCCUCAGUGUCUGAAGAGAGCCCCUCUGCCAGUGAGUCUGGAGUCCUCCUGUCCCAAGAUCCUUCAGCCAAACCAGUCCUGCUACUGCCCCCCAAAAAACCUGCUGCUUUCUCUGGAGACCAUGAGGAGACCCCAGUGAAGCAGCUGUCCCUUCUCAAGCAACCCCCCGCCCUGCCUCCCAAACCCACUGCCAGGAUUGCCAACCACUUAACAGAUCCUGGCGCCCCUGUGAAAUUGCCUUGUCUGCCAGUGAAACUGUCGCCUCCGCUACCUCCAAAGAAAGUCAUGAUCUGUAUGCCUGUAGGGGGGCCAGACCUCUCCCUGGCAUCCUACGCAGCCCAGAAGAGUGGCCAGCAGGGCGGGGCCCAGCACCACCACACAGUCCUGCCGUCCCAGAUCCAGCACCAGCUGCAGUAUGGCAGCCUCGGCCAGCACCUCCCCUCCACCACGGGGUCCCUCCCCAUGCACCCCUCGGGCUGCAGGAUGAUAGACGAGCUGAACAAAACGCUGGCCAUGACCAUGCAGAGGCUGGAAAGCUCUGAGCAGCGGGUCCCCUGUUCCACUUCUUACCACAGCUCUGGUUUGCACUCGAGUGACGGUGUCACAAAAGCAGGACCUCUGGGCCUUCCGGAAAUAAGACAAGUGCCAACUGUUGUGAUUGAAUGUGAUGACAAUAAAGAAAAUGUGCCUCAUGAAUCAGACUACGAAGACUCUUCUUGCUUAUACACAAGAGAAGAGGAGGAGGACGAAGAAGACGAGGACGAUGACGGCUCAUUGUAUACCAGCUCCCUGGCCAUGAAAGUGUGCAGGAAGGACUCCUUAGCCAUCAAACUCAGCAACAGGCCCUCCAAGCGAGAGCUAGAAGAAAAGAACAUCCUUCCCAGGCAGACAGAUGAAGAGAGACUGGAGCUGAGGCAGCAGAUUGGCACCAAGCUCACCAGGCGGCUGAGCCAGAGGCCGACUGCAGAGGAAUUGGAGCAGAGGAACAUUUUGAAACCUCGGAAUGAACAAGAGGAACAAGAGGAGAAAAGGGAGAUCAAGAGGAGGCUAACCCGAAAGCUCAGCCAAAGGCCCACAGUGGAAGAACUUCGGGAAAGGAAGAUCCUCAUCCGCUUCAGUGACUACGUGGAGGUGGCCGAUGCUCAGGACUAUGACCGCAGGGCCGACAAGCCAUGGACCCGCCUCACAGCUGCCGACAAAGCUGCCAUUCGAAAGGAGCUCAAUGAAUUUAAAAGCACUGAAAUGGAAGUUCAUGAAUUAAGUAGACAUCUAACAAGGUUUCACCGACCUUAACAGUCGAAUUCCUCUUGAGUGCUAUGCUGUCUUCAAAACAUAAAUUUAUCAGAACCAUAAGUGCUGGUAUUUAUUCACUUCCCCAUUACAAUGUAAAUCUUCUGAACUGCCUUUUAUAAAAAGAAGAAGAAGAAAAAUAAAAGGAAACACAAUCAGGAGUCUAUGUGCAAAAAUGCGAUGGUCGCCGUUCCGUGGUCAGAGUGCUGACACCACCGCUGACACCAAGCUGUCCCCGUCCCAGCAGGACCGAGAGCACUGGCAGGGCCUGACAGAAGACUUUCCAGCACUCGGAGUAGCCCUGGUCCUCUCCGGCCAGGCCUGCAGGCACCACAUUCAUUUAGGCUCCGGUGGACCUCUUCCUUGAAAGUGUCUGUCACCUAAUUCCAAGAAAGCUGAGGAGGUGUGUUUGGUCUGGGAAUUACUGUGCGAAGCAAAUGAUCUAGCCUUCUAGAGUUGGCCAAGCACACUGGCUCCAGGCAUGGCAUCUGGUCUGGGGUCCUCCAGGAGGACAUUGCUGAGCAGGAGCCCUAUUCUCAGUUGCCCUGUCCUUUCUCUCCCUCUAGCCACCCUCCAUGCAGUGAACUAAAAGGAAGAGCCCUUUGGGGGAGUCUGUGGUUGACUGUUGGUCCUAAGAGUGUAUGCUCAGGCAUGGAAGGCGGGCACUGAGUGCCCAUCCUGAGCUGAGCUGCCUUCCAGGAAGCUCUGGUUUAGAAGGGGAAAGUUGUCAUCUGCUCAGUUCAAAUGAAUUGACCCAUUGUAUUAAAAAGCCAAAUGUCACAGGUGACCUUGUGCACACAAACAGCCAUUGCUAAGGUAGCCUGUGGCAUGCGUAUGAGCAUAAGGACCAUAUGGAGGGCAUAAAGGCUGGGCUAAGAAACUCUGCUUGGCUGAUGGUCUUUAUUUGCUCUGCGUGCCCCAGGGCCAGUGACCAGAUGGCUUGGAAGUCAGCGGCCUCUGAGUAUAGAACCAAUGCACGCAGGCCAGAAACCAGUCCUGAAAGACUGGCCUUCCAGUCACUGAGGGACCAGGGCUCUAGAACCACUUGAUGGCCUUCACGUGUCCUUUCUUUGCACUGAAGAGUUUUUAAGGAAAAUCCCCAGGGUUUGGCAUAUGGCAGAAUUGUGCGAACAUCAGCCAUGCCUGCCUUUGCUGUACUUCCUGCUCCCAUUAUCCAGAGAGAACCUUUCCUUGCCCUCAUGAUGCUGGUGAGGGUGACUGGGGAUAUAUCGCUAACUGUCCUCCUCACUUGGGACCACAGGAAAGCAGUGCUCUGUUGGAAGAGGGCCACCGAGGGUAGCAUGUACAGUGACAGGAAGGACAAGUCCCAAAUCCUAACAACUAUCUUCAUGAGGCCCACUGCAGCCUCUUUUGUUUUCUUUCCUGACAGAGCUUGUAGGGUCCUCCUUCACAGAGCUCUGCCGGGCCUUCUGUAGUGGUCUUAUAGUUUCCACAAUCUUUCUAGGUGAUGGUUCGCUCUCCACCACACAUGCCCAGGAUUUACAAAAAUGCCAGCGUGGCCAUCCCAAAAAAAGGGUUUCCCAGUCCCCACCCUGACUUGUGUGGGAAGCAAGUUACUCUUGGGAUACACACCCAAUGGUGAGGCCAUUUACUCUUCUGCAGGCAUUCAGGGCUCCUGCGGCCAGCAUCAACCCGGGAGCUGUGCAUAUUGUGGGGGAGCUCAGGGCAGUUCUUUAGGCCGUGCCCACCAGCCAUAGCAAAGCCGUCCUGUGCUUUCCUUGCACCACCUGGAGUGAGUGCCACUGCCCAGCCCCAGGAGGACACCAUCACCAGAUCCUUUUUUCUUUGAAUGUUGACUCUGAAUAGUGACUGCCAUGGGUAGAAGUAUUGUUCAGGGAAAGUGUGGUCAGGAUUUUAGUGUGGCUGUAAACACUGUCUUCCCAAAAGGCUUACUGACGUUUGAAUGUGCAAAUGGUAUGACGAAAGAUGUAGGGCUCUUCCAUUGAACUUCUCUACGGCGAGCACGUGUUCCAGGCAGAACUGCCAGCCUUGCUGGGAGCUGAGUCUGAGCUUCCUCUAACUCGCAGCUGUGCUUUGGGCAACUUGCAGUGCGCAGGCAGGACGAUCAGGCCUUCCCCUGGUCCAGGAGCGAGUCCUCAGAGAACUCAUUACGUGACCUGGACUCCUCCCACCAGGACCAGUGGCUUCUCUGCUGGCCUUGGUUCUUGGGCCUUUCACAUUUCCUGGGGACAUGAAGCCCAAAUCUAUUUCCCUGCAGCCAGCCAGCAGUCCAGGUUUUCUGCCCAAAGUGCCCCAUUAUUGCAGUCCACUUUGUGCAUGGAAGAAAUUGUACACAUUUUUCACUUCUCUUCCUGCAGAGCACCUUUCUCCAGAAGUCACUUGCAGGAGUUAGGGGUGUACCUUCCAUGCCACUGAAAGCUCACCCACCAUGAAGGUGGGCAGUUUCAAGCCCAUUAUAAGUGGCUCAGUAACCCCAGUGGACCACAGGAUGGCCCCUCUGCUGCCUCUUUCCUUUCUUGAAAUCUCGAGGUCUAUAGAAAUCCAAAUUUCUUUUUUACCACAUUGUUAUGACAAUUGGAAGGUGUAUUACUUUCCAAGAUGACAAUUUGACAUUAGGGAAACAGAGAGAGAGAGAGAAUGAAUGAUGGGCUAGCUGGUUUACGUGUCCCUUUUCUGAAAAAGUUGCAGUGUUCGAGUAAUGGUUUAUUUUGUGUGUAUAAAUUCCCAAUUGAGCCUUUUGUCAUUUGGAUUAGCGUGAAAGGAAAAACGUGAAAUUUCUCAGCUCAAAGUGUUUCCCACUCAAAAAUGAGACAUUGCCCCGACCUGCCCACUGCAUCUGUGACAGAAGAAACUGCCCCCGAUCGGCCUGUGUGCUCUUUUGAAAUCGCUGUGCUCCUCCCAAAGGCCCUCAAAGCUCUGGAAAACUUUAAAAACUUUAGCCUUUAUGUCAGAUUAGAGAAACCAAACGACGUGACAGUAGACGUGGUGAAAACCUGAGUGUUUCUCCUUAUGAACUCUGUUCAUAGUGCUUAUGAACGUGUAUUUAUAUUUGCCGAAUGAAAAUUGUGGUGUGUGCUUCAAUGAAUGGAGUUUCCGGCUCUUCCUGUGCGCAGCCAGUGUGCGAAGGUCACCCUUAACUGACUUUUUCUUCCCAUUUGUCUGUUACUCCCCAAACCGGUUGCUUUUUCCAGUUGCUUCCCGGGUAUCUGUACAUAGUUUGUCUUUGUAUAGGAGCUCUCUCCCGUGUUCUAAUUUAACAGAUGACGGCUGUAUGAGGAAGACAAUGUAAAUAGAAUACAAAUUAAACUGGAUCUCUAUGGCCUAAGUUUUGUACAUACAGAAACUGCAUGGUAUUUAAAUUAUUGUUUGUCUCUGAUGAUGUAUGCAGUUUCUUUAAAAACAAACCAAAAAAAAAAGUCUAAAAAAAAAAUCA